GCGUAUGUGUAUGUGUGUGUGAAGUCUGGAGCACAUGCCAUGGUCUGACUGAGGAGAAGUGGAACAACCAAUCAAACAGGAGAAAACUGCAGUCCUGGUGCUGAUACCGUACGAGACGGCGAGCGUGCGGAUCUGGUUUCAGCGCUUUCCCACCGGCUCUGGCUAUGAGAGAACAGAGCCACCUCGGCCGCAGAGGAAACGCGCUGCAUGUAGGGCUCUUCGGACACGCCGGCAUGCUGCACCGGACCAAGUACAGCCGCUUCCGCAACGACUCCGUCACCUCCCUGGAGGAAGGGGCGGCCGACCCCGCCGCCGCCGCCGUGACCGCCAAGGCGGCGCCCUGUCCCGUCACGCCUCCGCCACCCUGCCAGGUGACUGUCCCCCGCAGCCGUCCCGACCACGAGGCCCUGGGCUCCCCCGGGGAGGGCUCCUCCACCCUCUGCACCUUCAUACCCAAGAUGGCCAGCAUGAAGAUCUCCAACCCCGCCGCUCUGCUGGGACUUAAGGGGCUGGCGCUGGCCUCCAAGGAGGCCCCCCGGGGCAAGCUGAGCGGGGACUGCGGGCUGGGUGAAGCCGAGCCCCGGCAGCACCUGACCGGGUACCUGCCCCCCUCCUCUCACCUGCGCGCCGAGGGGCUGUCUUCCUCGCUCAAGCCCGGCAGGGGGACAGAGUGCUACAGCCCGGACGUUCUCGAAUCUGGGAUUACCUACCACAUCAAGUAUAUGGGCUGCUUGGAAGUGAUCCAGUCCAUGAGGAUGCUGGACUUCGAAACAAGAACGCAAGUCACACGGGAAGCCAUAAGUCGUCUGUGUGAGCAUGUGCCAGGAGCUAAGACAGCACCAAAGCGCAAGAAGCCUCCGAGUAAAGUAUUGUCAACCAUUUUGGGCAAGAGCAACCUGCAGUUUUCUGGAAUGAACAUCAAACUAAACAUUGCAACAGACAGUCUGAGUUUAACAACCCUUGACUCCCAGCAGACUAUUGCCCAUCAUCAUAUGCAGUCCAUAUCGUUCGCCUCCGGGGGAGAUCCUGACACAACUGAUUAUGUUGCUUAUGUUGCCAAAGAUCCAGUUAAUCAAAGAGCUGUUCAUAUAUUGGAAUGUCCAGACGGACUGGCUCAGGAGGUCAUAAACACAAUCGGACAGGCGUUCGAGCUCCGGUUCCGACAGUUCCUGAAAAACCCCUCCUCUCUUAUUGCGACCAGGCAGAGGGCGGCGGAGGCGGACGCCGGCGGAGGACGGGGCCAGGAGAACGCGGAGAUCCGCGAGUACUAUAAUGAGAUUCCGGGGAAAGAGCCGCCCCCAGGUGGGCUCCUAGACAUGCGAGUCAAGCUGGAGGCGCUCCAGCGGCCCCCCGGCGGCCAGGCGGAAGACGACGAGUGCCGAGGGACGGGCUGCCCGCAGCACCUCAACGUGUAUGAAAACUGCUCUCUCGCACAAAAGCAACUCUUCCCGUCUGCAGAUUUUGAGAAGGACGUGCCCCUCUUCCCGCCAGACAGCAGGGAGGCAGAGUACAGCACCCUGGGGGAGGGCAGUCCCCUGUCGGGGGUCCUGCGGCACAUCCAGGAGCUGCUGCAGCGCGAGGCCUGGUACCAUGGCAAGAUGAGCCGGCGGGAGGCGGAGAGCCUGCUGAUGGACAGCGGGGACUUCCUGGUGCGGGAGAGUAGCUCCACCCCCGGCCAGUAUGUGCUGAGCGGGCUUCAAGGAGGCACUGCCAAGCAUCUACUGCUCGUGGACCCAGAGGGAAUGGUGAGAACAAAGGAUCACAUAUUCGACAGCGUGGGACACCUGAUUCGCUAUCACAUGGACAAUCAGAGGCCAAUCGUCUCUUGUGGGAGUGAGCUUUGUCUGAAACAGCCGGUUAUACAGAAACAGUGACAGGGUUUGGGGUGAAUAAGAAACGAUGGCCUGGCCAAGUGCUCCUGACCAAGUAUUCUGGAACUUCCUACCACAGGGAGGCACUGUUG